AAUCUGCAGGUGGUCCAGUAGCACCCAUACAGGAGGAGAGUUGUGUCAGACUCGGAUUGCAGUGAUGGGCCAGUCCGCUCUUUUUGCGCUCAACUCUGCGCUCAUGUUCUCAUUUUGCCUGAUGAUGUCAUCAGCGGAUAUAGCUACUAUUGACCCUGCAACUACUGCUGCAGCUAUUACCCCUUCAGCAACUGCAGAUGCUGAACCUGCAACAACAGCUACUGAUAAAUCUGCAACUACAGCUACUGCUAUAUCUGCAACUACAGCGACUGCUAUAUCUGCAACUACAGUGAAUGCUAAACCUGCAACUACAGUGAAUGCUAAACCUGCAACUACAGUGAAUGCUAAAUCUACAACUACAGUGAAUGCUAAACCUGCAACUACAGUGAAUGCUAAAUCUACAACUACAGUGAAUGCUAAAUCUGCAACUACAGCUACUGCUAUAUCUGCAACUACAGCUACUGCUAAAUCUGCAACUACAAUGAAUGCUAAACCUGCAACUACAGUGAAUGCUAAAUCUACACCCGCUGCUACCUCUGGCCCUAAACCCAACCCUACCACUGCAAUACCUGGUCCUAAAAAAUGUACAGAAUGGGAAGCUGAACUAGCAACCAAGCUGGCUGCAUCAGCAGAUAUCACGCCUUUCCUCUCGGCCAACACAGACAAGCUCCCUUCCCUCUCUGAAUCCUGUGUGAAGACAUUCAGCAAUACAACCAACAAGGCCAAUUUAAUGAAACUAAUGGCUGAACUGGACAAAGUGUAUGAUAUCCUUGACGCUGGCUCCAGACACGCUGUGUUCCUGUGGAUAGAGCAACUGAAUCCGAAACCAGCCAAUGGGAGCAGUUGGAUGACUGUGGAGCAGUUGGCUUUGCUGGACCGUUUUCUUCUGCAGGCCCCUCUUUCCUCCUUGAAGACUCUGGCAGACAUGGAAAGCAGUCCCCUCUGUGCUUUCUUUAACUCUUCCAAUGAACUCUGGAAAAGUCUCUACGACCUAAACCCUGCACAAGCUAAUGUCUUUUUCACUGGGCUCAAGAAAUGCAGCAUUGAUGUAGCAAAGGCAGCAAAUAUUGCAAAACUUGGGCAGCUGGCUUGUCUCUAUCCAGUAGAUGCCAACCCGCUAGAAGAUAGUUCGAGGAAAAAAUUAUUGGAAUUGCUGAAGAACUGCAAAGGGGAUGUGAAAAACGUGUACCAGAAACUAACGAAGUCAAUGAACGUCAUGAGCUUUAACGCCUCUCAGCUGGGUGAGCUGGGAGAUGCAGCAGCUGGCUUGGGGAUGAAACAGUUAGCCAGCCUCAGCAAAGAGGCUGUGGUGGGAUCGCUGAGUACGCUUUCCAAAAUAGAAGGCUUUUCAAAAUCCCAGAAGGAAGCCCUGCUAAAGGCUGCUGGAGUAGCCGAUAUUAUUAGCAAAGGGAACGUUGCAAGUUUGGGAAAGCUGGCCAGUGCUUUGGACUCCAGUGCUCUAGGAAGUAUCCCAGCCGCAGCUCUUGCGACUGCCUUUGCAGACUCCAGUUUUGCAGCUUCAACAGCAGCCAUGGAGCCACUCCAGAAGAAAUCGCUUGUGCUUUCAUUCUUGAAAACGAAGUCUGCCGAUGAAGCUCUGUCCAUUCUCCCUCCUGCACUGAUCACAGAAAUGACGACUAAAAAGCUGCAAGAAGCAAGUGCGCUUAGCACCGAGUUGCUUGGGAAAAUGCCAUGGAACAAGGGGCAGGCUUUGGUUGUCAUGGCAAAGGCGUUCUCGAAUCUGAAGACCACUGAGGACUUCAAGAAACUUGGACGCGCUGCACAAGGUAUAACAUGUGAACAAAUAACUGGCAUGGCAGUAGAUAGCCUGGAAGCCCUAUCUGCCAGCGACUCUCUUUCUCGUGAUCAGAUCCGCUGUGCCAGUACUGCUUAUUUUAAGACAGCUAAAUCAUUCACCACCAUAACUUCGGAUGAAAUCAGCAAAAUUCCCUCCAAUUAUCUACUCUACCUAAAGUCCUUUAAGGAUGUAGAGGCUGUACCAACAGCCAACUGCACUUUUGUCGUCUCAGUCUUUGCUAAGGCUGAGCAUAGACUCCUGGGUAAGAGCUCAAAGAGAAGGGAAGAAGUUCUCAACUACAUCAAGACCUGCAUGAGCUUCAAUUCUACUGACAAGCUGACCGCCAACCAAGUCAACCAGCUUGGGAACGUACUCUGCAUGUUUGGCCCAGCGGAGAUUGAUAAGCUGAGCAACAACAAUUUGAAGGAGGCUGUAGAUCAGCUGAGAGGAUGUGGCAAGUUUGAAGGAGACAUGAAGGCUUCCCUUCGCACCAAGAUCAUUGACACAUACGGGGCUUUCGAAACCUGGACCUUUGAUACCGUGAACGAGCUGCAGACCCUUGCCUCUCUGUUUAAUGAGAGUGAGAUUAACAAGUUAUCUGCGUCUGUUGACCUGAAAGAAACCCUGAAAAGCAUUCUGUCUCAGGUGAAGGAACCGGAGGGGUUUGUACCUGCAGAUGUGAACUUCACUCCUGACGUGACAAGUCUGAAGAGCUCAUUCAGCAAAAUAGUGAUUAAUUUAUUUUUCAAGGUUAGCAGGAGAAAGAGAGCCCUCACAUGCUCUGGCAUUACCAUCCCCACAAAGGACCUCAUCCUGGAGCUGGGCAGUUCAAGCAGCGCCCUCACUGUUGACCAGCUGGGGUGCUUGUCCAAUGACACGUUCAAGGAGACUGUCGAUAUCCUGGGGGAUAUCACUGCGUUUCCUAUGGAGAAGCUGACUGCCUUGAAGACUGUGGCCCUAAUGGCGUACCCCACACCCACCAACAAUGACAUUGCUGGGCUAAAGAGAAUCACGGUGGCUUUCACAGCCGCUGAGAUCAACACUUACUUUGCAACUCCGAAUAUCGAUGCGCUGGCAGCGAUCGGAAAGUACCAGGAUUGGAGCAGUGACGCAACCGUGGCAGCUACGGCUAAGCAGAUCGUUGAGAACUUCCUGAAAUCCAAUGCGUCGAACACCCUGCUCAGCAAAGAUCUGUUGGCGCUGGGCUACCUCCUGUGCGCUUUCACCCCCGAGCAGAUAGCAGCCGUUUCUGCUGCAGAGUACAGCUCCGCUGCAAGUAAUAUUGGAAAGCUGAAGUGUUCCCUGCCAGUCCUGACAGCGUUAAAGAACAAAGCUGUGGAAGCCUUCGGAGCUCCCAGCGCCUGGACCAUGGUUCAAAUGCAAGACAUCGGAACCCUAACAGCUGCGCUAACCAGUGCUGAAUUUAGUGCCAUCAGCAAAGAGAAGAUGUCAUACAUUACACCUGAGGCUGUGUCCCUUAUUCCUCCUGCUGUGUUUCAAACCCUGACCAUUGACCAACUGAGAUUUCUUGGCACUGAAAACUUAGCUGCUGUGUCAUCUCAACAAAAGGCAUCGCUGGACACGACCAAAGCACUUGCUUUGAACGAGAACUCUGGAGCUACGGUUACCCCUACCUCUGCCCCUUUGACGUCAGCGAGUGCCUCUCUGGCUUGUGAGAGCCCCCUGGCGGCAGCCAUUGCUCUGGCUCUGACUCUGCUGGCUCUUUCACACUAGGAUUUGCCACCAGCCAAUCAGAAACCUCACAGGACUCUGCAUAUCCAGUGUGGACAAGAACACUUCCUCCCAAUUCCUCAAACAAAUCAACGAGCAUUCUGGGUGAACGGUGCUGUUUGUACAUCGUUCAUAGUUUUACAUUUAAAAAAAUAAAUAAAUACUGUAUAUCUUGGUAUUACUCACUACACGAACGCCCCUCUUAAAAAACACACGAUUUCAAUAAGCAAGAUGUCUACAAGCUGUCCCAUCCCCUGCUGUUCUCUCAUUUUCUAGGGUUCCUCAUAACCGUAUUCUUCAUUCUAUUUAUCCAAUCUGUUUUAUUGGGAGGGUAGGUGUAAACCUGUUUGUGACAAAUUUACAAAAACAGGGUGGGUAUGUUUGAUGACCUGUGUCAAAUAAAGCUUAAUUAUGUUUUAGCAGAA